AUGAAUUCGAGUGAGGUCCUUGGUGCGUGGCCACCACCACCCGGUGUUACUCCGAACUUUGAUAACCCAGAUUCCAUUGCGUGGAGGGUCAUUACGGCAGCUUUGAUAUCUCCCGUUGUUUCCAUUUUCUUUGUUCUAAUGCGGUCAUACACGAAGAGAUUCAUCUUUCAUCGGUUCGAUUGGGAUGACUAUGCCGUUAUCAUAGCCUUUGUUUUUGCGUUUGCGUAUUCGGUGCUACAAGUUGUUCAGACCCAAUAUGGCUCUGGCGUACACAUUUGGAAUGUUCCCCUUGAGAAGUACACGAUAUAUACUAAGUUGGGAAUACCUGGUGCAGUGACGUAUAAUAUGUCAACGCUCUUCACCAAGGUUGCGAUCCUGUUAUUCUACCUCCGGUUGUCAACGGAUUUCCACUUCCGAUGCGUGACCUACGCCGUCAUGUUUGUUGCUGUGGGAUACAGUCUCGCGGGAGGAUUCGCUUUCUUAUAUCUUUGUCGACCGCUUCCCAAAUAUUGGGACUUCAGUAUUCCAGGAGAGUGUUCGAACUUUGGCGCUGCAUUCCUUGCUGGUGCUGCACUGAAUGUUGCUACUGACAUUUCGCUGCUCCUUCUACCGUUAUGGCUGCUUCAUCCCCUGAAGUUGCCUCUGAAGCAGAAGAUCGGAGUUACUCUGAUUCUGAUGACAGGUUCCUUUGUCUGUGGUGUGAGCAUAUACCGAUUGGCAAUAAUUCCCCCAGGCCUGAAAAAUAUGGACGCAACCUGGCAUUACAUACGGAAUAUCAUUUGGUGCAUCAUCGAAAUGAACACCGGGAUAAUCUGUGCUUGCUUGCCAAAUCUCAAAGCCUUUGCCAAACGACAUUUCCCCAAUCUAUUCAAGAGACCAGCGCCAGCUCUUGUCAGGCCGACAGGCUAUAUGCAAAGACCAUCUCCACAGAGCCAGGUAGAAGCUCAAGGUAAUCGCACUCGCUGGCUCAAGGGAUACUUCUCCAUGAACUCAUUGAAAUCGAGUAAUGGCUCGAGUUCGUCUAUCAAGAAGUCUGCUGCGACCGUAUCCACGAUUAUAUCUGCACCGAAAACGAGGAGCGAGUCGAGAGAAAGUUUACGAGAGCAGCUGACCGUGUAA